AUGGCUGAACCGCCGGCGAAGCGUGCCCGUCGGACCGACAGCUCAGCUAUGUGGGAUAGAAACGAUCAGCGACCACGAGAGUCUCGUUCACCGGAGGGCAGAUCAGACUACGACACCAAUUCGCGUCACGGAAGCUCUAGGCCUGAAGAUUCGCGAAAGGGUUCUAGGGACGAUCGCCGGUAUCGCUCACGCUCGCGUGACAGGACUGCACGACGAAGGGAUGGGAGCAGAUCGCGCGACAGAUAUGAGAGGACUCGCAGAGGCGAUCGUGAUGUGGGUAGGCGCGACUUGAAAGACUCGAGAGGUUUUAGAGAUCGCGAGCGUAGUGUCAGCGCAGACCGCUACCAGGGUAGACGUGGCUACGGUGCGAAAUCUGAAAGACACGAUAGGUCUCGGUCACCACGCAAUGGCGCUCGUGUACGAUCCCGAAGCCCUAUUUCUCGCAGUUCAAAAGGAGGUCGAAGAGACGAUAGACAAGACCCUCGAGGACGUCCUGACGGUCGCCGCGUAAACGGGGUAUCGGGAAAGCAGGCACGAGUUAGGGAUGAAGAUGAAGAUGAGAAUGAUGUUGACUUGAUGGAUGAGAGUGAAGACCCAAACGACAUCGAGGCUAUGAUGAGAAAAACAGUCGGUUUUACGAGGUUCCGGACCACCAAAAAUACCAAAAUCCCCGGAAACAACAUUUACGGUGUCCGGAAGGAAAAGAAGACCGAGUAUAGGCAGUAUAUGAAUCGUGUUGGCGGUUUCAACAGACCCCUCAGCCCUGGCAGAUAG